GGCAUUAUAGCCUUGGCGCACUAGAUCAUGUUACGAGGCGUGGGCAUCUGUGAGCGGAUAUACAGGAAAAUCAGAAACACCAUCAGGCCUUAGCCCUCUCCUGAAUUGCAACUAUGAAAUUGAUCUCACUUACCACUAUGAUCAUGUCUGCCGCAACAAUCGCUGUUACAGCUACCGCGCAAAUCAUCGGCCACCCCUGCGCCCACGCUGACAGCGCAGAGUGUGGAUCGCUCGCAGAUCACAACGGCGGACUCCAGUUCUUGUCCACGUUCAAGACCUCUCAGGCAAGUCUCGGGGACAUCUUCAACAAGGCGAGCUGCCGAAGAAAGGCUCUCGCUCAGAGUUGCGGAAUGUACUACAAGACACUUCCCGCAUGCUAUCCGUUGGAUGGUUUUGAUGGACGCGGGCGUCUUCCUAAAGCACUUCUAAGCGUCAGGGAAGCCGCACCUGAGGGUGGAGAAGACCUAUUUGCGUCGUCUUCUGUGUUUGACGAGUGUCUGCAGGAGAAUAGGAAUGUGCCGCCACGUGCGCAGGACGGUGAGCUUUUGCGCGAUUUGAUGGAUAGUGGUCAUGAUGGUGCUGCAGACCUCGCUCAGGAAGGAAAGCGAGCAAACAACAAACGAAAAACAAAUGAUUCAUUUAUAGGAAUUGCGUCAAUAAAAAUCUACAAAGAACUUCGUUUUGAGCAGGCAACGACAUUUUCACAAAGCCCCAAAGACGUUGAACAUACUAAGACAUCCAGUGCAAUAUAUACAUUGUCAUUGGGGUCCCUGUCUCUCAGAACUUCAUGUCCUGUUGCCAACGCAAGCCGGGAGAGUGCAAGUCCUGAACGCGGAACGUUGGGCAACUGGGGCUCUUACCAUGUAUCUUAA